CCAGAAUGCAACGCGCGGCCCAUUGACGACGGGUUGGCAACGCACAUAAGGGGCCUUACUACGAUACCAAUAUUGUUUCCCAUCUCCUCACAAGUWUAUCUUCCCAAUGGCUGCGGACGUAUCAAACCGGAAAAAAAACAGAAGUUGUGAAAUGACAUCGAAAAUUKACGGAGUUAUGAUUUAAACACGGUAUUUUAGUCGUAUUUCUGUACUACUUUAAACUGKGCAUACAGUACAUCGUUGACAUGGCAGGAAAGCGGCGGAUACUACCGUCUUGGAUGGCGAGGAAGGAUGAGGACAGAGUGAAAGAUAAGGAGACACUGAAGAGGAUAACUUCAGGCAAGAGAACAAGGAGGAAACGAGUUGAAAGAGUGGCUUUCUACUGCAUGAAUGAAAAGGAGCUGGUGGAGGCAGCUGUCAGUUAUUUGAAUGAUUUUGGAGGUGGAGAAGAUGGAGCUAGUCAUGAUGACAAACAGGUGAAAAGUAGUGUGGUGGGCUGCUCUAUGAAUGCAAAAAACAACUGUGUCAGGGAGAAGAAGAGGAGGCUGUCUGAGUUGGACGUGGUGGCGGAGUCCUCAGACUCUGAUGCCCAGGAGAGGACGUAUGUCUCAGAAACGGACAUCGACAUAGCCGAGGAGGACACUCUACUGUACGCUCAAAACAACAACACUCACAAUAACAACACAGAGCAGGGACCUGAGGGUCAGAGUUCAGGACCAGGUCACGGUCACGACGAUGCUGAUGGUCAUGGGGAUUUGGCUCAGGGUGUUGAAGGAGCAGAGGACCGGUCACAGUCUCCCACAGCAGAUGAUGAUGCCCUCAGGCUUGUAAGGGAGAUAUUCUUCACCUGAUGAUAAACCACAGAACACUGAACUUUGAGAUGCUUUCCUUACAAACUGAGAUGGGGGGGUUACACAGCGAGGUCAUGUAGACUAGAGUAUAUUAGAAAAUAGUCAAUGGGGGCAAAUGGGACCCAUAACAUUAAUGAUUUCCUUCUCAGCUAAUAGUGGGUUCUUGGUAUAUGUUAGUAAAUACAUCUCCAUUGAAAMCAUUUAUUAAUACAGGAUUAGGUUUCAUCUGUGAAGUGUUUAGGCACRAUGUCCUAGAAAAGGCCUUGGGCCUAAAAACUGGCUCACUAGGUGCAACUAAMGACGUGUACAAUAUUAGGCGCAACUGCGCAAGAUGGUUUCCCCUUUUAAGAACAGUAAAAGGGCAAUGACAUACUUUGUAAUAGAAACAAAAAUAUAUAUAAUUUUGAUUGAAGAAUAAAAUGUGACGACUGGGAUAUUCUAAAGGCACUUUUAUUGAUUUCAUUAUUAUUAUUUUUUAAGCUACAAUAUGUCACUUUUUUGGCGACUUGACCAAAUUCACAUAGAAAUUAGAGAAAUCUUGACCAUCAACAUACUCUUAUGAUAGGUUUAUGAUCAACAGGCAUGUCAUGCACUUCACAAUUUUACAACAUUGUUGAUGAAUAAAUCAUGUACAUUUGA